UUAGCCGGGUCUGGAAACAUGGCCUCCUCAGAGCAGGCAGAGCAGCCCAGCCAGACUGGCUCUUCUCCUGGGACUGAGAAUGCCGUGUCUCGGGAGCCACUGAUCACAACAGCAGUGAAGUUUCUACAGAACUCCCGGGUCCGCCAAAGUCCGCUCGCAACCAGAAGAGCUUUUCUCAAGAAAAAAGGACUGACGGAUGAAGAAAUUGACCUGGCUUUCCAGCAGUCGGGCACUACCACAGAUGAGCCACAGUCCCUGGGUCCUUCCACACAGCUGGUGCCAACGCAGCCCCCUCACCUCGUGCCGUACAGUCCCCCAGGCUCCAGAUGGCGAGACUAUGGUGCUUUGGCGAUCAUUAUGGCAGGGAUUGCCUUUGGCUUCCACCAGCUCUACAAGAAAUACCUGCUCCCUCUCAUCAUGGGAGGCAAAGAAGACAGAAAACAACUUCAGAGGAUUGAGGCGAACAUUUCCGAGAUGAGUGGCAGCGUGACACAGACAGUGACUCAGUUGCAGAAGACUUUAGCCUCCGUCCAGGAACUGCUGAUGCAGCAACAGCAGAAAAUCCAGGAGCUCACCCAAGAGCUGGCUGCUGCCAAGGCCACCACUUCCACCAACUGGAUCCUGGAGUCACAGAAUAUCAAUGAAUUGAAAUCUGAGAUCUACUCAUUAAAAGGGCUCCUUCUAAACCGGAGGCAGUUCCCUCCCUCCCCUUCGGCUCCCAAGAUCCCAUCCUGGCAAAUCCCGGUGAAGCCUUCCUCGCCCUCCAACCCUGUUGCUACUAACCACAACAGCAGCAGUGACAUCUCGCCCGUCAGCAACGAGUCCACCUCCUCGUCACCUGUGAAGGAGAACCACAGCCCAGAGGGGGCAAUGGUCAGCUGCCACCUGCUGGGUACGGAGGAGGAGGGCGAGGUGGUGAUGGACGUCAAGGACCAGGUGCGAAUGGAAGUGCAGGGCGAGGAGGAGAAGAGGGAGGACAAAGGGAAUGAGGAGGAGGAAGAGGACGAUGAGGAUGAUGAUGUCAGCCAUGUGGACGAAGAGGAGUGCCUGGACGUCCAGACCGAGGACCGGCGAGGAGGGGAUGGGCAGAUUAAUGAGCAGGUGGAGAAGCUACGGAGACCGGAAGGGGCCAGCAAUGAGAAUGAGAUUGACUAGGUGAAUGGGCUUCUUUCCAUCCCACCCUGCAUCUGUCCAGCCUUCCCCCACCCCCUGGUGCUUCUCUCAUUUGGUGGAGAGAACUCUCCCCUCGGCCCUG